AUGUUCAAACACCACAUCUCAACCGCUGCCCGCGCGGUCUCCCGCACGCAGGCCGUGCGAGGCUUCGCAACUGCCGCUCCGGUCUCGGCCACCCGCAACCACAAGGUCGUCGUAGUAGGCGGCGGGUCCGCCGGUGUCUCUAUCAGCCACCAACUCCUUCACAGCGGUCAAUUCAGCGCAGAUGACAUCGCGAUUGUCGACCCCGCCGAAUGGCACCACUACCAGCCCGGCUGGACCCUCGUCGGUGGUGGACUCAAGACCAAGGAAGAGCUCCGACGCCCACUGAAGAGCUUACUCGACCCCAAGCUGAAGCUGUACAACGACAGCGUCGCAACCUUCGCACCAGAGAACAACUUCGUCACACUUGGUAACGGCGACAAAAUCGGAUAUGACCAGCUCGUCGUCGCACCAGGUUUAGCCGUUACCCCCGCAAAAAUCAAGGGUCUCCCCGAAGCUCUUGCCAACCCCGAUGCCCCCGUUUCCUCUAUCUAUACCUACGAUACCGUUAGCAAGGUUUUCCCUUCAAUCAAGAAACUCGAAAAGGGUACCGCCAUCUUCACCCAGCCCGCUGGCGCAAUUAAGUGUGCCGGUGCUCCACAGAAGAUUAUGUGGCUUGCGCUGGAUUACUGGAAGCGCGCCGGUCUCUACGACCCAAGUAACCCCAGUAACUCCGCUAUCAACAUUAACUUCGCUACCGGAUUACCAGUGAUGUUCGGUGUACCAAAGUACAACGCCAUUCUCACUAAGAUGCAGCAAGAGCGUGGUGUGAACGGUCUUUUCCAGCACGAUCUUAUCGCAGUUGAGGGUAACAAGGCAGUUUUCGCUCGUCCCGAUGGUGCGGAUCCCGUUACUAAGGAGUUCGAUCUUCUUCAUGUUGCGCCAAAGAUGGGUUCACCUGCAUUUAUUAAGAACUCUGUUCUGGCGAACGAGGCUGGUUUCGUUGAUGUCGAUGAUGCGACUACUCGUCACCGCAAGUUUGCCAAUGUCUGGUCUGCUGGUGAUGCGUCCAGUCUCCCUACUUCUAAGACUGCCGCCGCGGUUACAUCUCAAGCUCCUGUUGUUGUUCGAAACUUGUUGCAGUCUAUGGAAGGAAAGCCAUUGGAUGCGGCUUACGAUGGAUACACUUCUUGUCCGUUGUUGACUGAGUAUGGCAAGGUUUUGUUGGCUGAGUUCAAGUAUGGACCUGAGCCUAAGGAGACAUUCGGUAACUGGUUUGGUAUUGACCAGGGUGAGCCACGGAGAUCUUUCUACCAUUUGAAGAAGGACUUCUUCCCAUGGGUUUACUACACUCAUAUGGUUAAGGGUAACUGGGCUGGUCCUAAGGGAUGGGUUAACUAA